AGCUAGUACGGUAGCAACAAAUCAGGAAUCAUGAAGGAAAACGAAAGAACUCCCCCCAGUCACAGACAAACCCGAUCCUAAUAAGUACUUCUAAAAAAUUACGGUCCAGCACCGUCGCAGUUUUCGUCGAUUGUCCUCUUGUCAUUCCAAAAAGACCAUCGGCAACUGCAAACAACCACCACAACAAUGAUCAAGAGGCACUCGAGCCACGUCGAGGCCGGAGUCCUUCCGUUCGCCGCGAUGGACGACAACACGGGGGGUUCGACGGGCGGUCUCCAGAGAACGAGCGUCCACGGCGGACGGCGUUUGGCGGGAAAGUCAUCGGUGUGGCUCCGGAUCCUCGGCGGGACGCUCUUCCUCGCCGUCGCGUCGCUCUACAUCGUUGGGGUCCGGCACGUCACCCUGCACAAUGCCUCGGUGCCGUUCUCGCCGGGGAGGGGACUCUUCCACGACCUGGUCCACAAAAACGACGCAAACGGAAAAGCAAACGCAAACGCGCACAGGGAUCAAGGGGCCGGGACCGCUCGGAACCUCCACCGACCCAUUGUGGUAGCRAAUGCGCGUUCCGCCGGACAAAAACCCCGGGUCCUCGGCCAUUAUUACGCCCGCGCCGACGCCGGGUCGUACGUUGGAACCGAAGCCCUCUCCCACCCACUCUACGACAAUCGGCGGGCCCGGAUCCCGAGGGGGGUGUUCAUGACCAAAACAGACAUACGGCGCCAGCGCGAUCUGCUCGAUAGCGACGACUACGAGAACGGAGCCGCGGAUGUCAUGGAAGACAUGGGCGAAAAUUGCACGGCCCAGUACGACUGGCAAGAGGGAUUCUUUCCGACGUGCAACCACCUGAUGGAAAUCGAUAUGACGAACCUCAGUCCCCUGCCCAUGUUCCACGAGGACCACUACAACAACAAGCACGAUUUGCCGGUUGCGUCCUCGUCCCUGCACUCGUAUUCAAAGAUGAUCUCGCACGGAUACUGGAGGGACGUCUGGACCGUCGAAAACCUGCUUCGGAACGAGGGCAACCCCGAAGAAGUCGUUGUUUUGAAGACGAUGCGAUACACCCACGAUUACAAGCCACGCAACUACGACCGCCACAGGCGAGACGCCGUGACCAUGGAACGAUUGACGUCUUCCACUUUCAUCGUGGACAUUUACGCCGCCUGCGGAAACUCGGGAUUGUUUGAAUACGCCGACGGUGGUUCUCUCGACGACAGCGUCUGGUACAACUACCACCACGAGGACGGCGACAAGGAAAAGCCCUGGACUCCGCAGGAAAAAGUCAUCAUUGGCUACCAGGCCGCUUCGGGGCUUGCCGACCUUCACAAUUUUGCAAAGGAAGGCGUCCCCGCCGUCGCCCAUACCGACAUUGGGUCGACGCAGUUUGUCUACGUAGACAAGGCCGGGGUCUACAAACUCAACGACUUUAACCGCGCCCGCUUUCUCGCAAAGAACAAUUUUACCAACGAGAUCUGUACCUAUGAAGUGGGAAACAACCCGUACGUUCCGGAGCGGAAUUGGGCCCUGGAAUGACUCGUGCUCUUGUCGUCGCCCGUUAUUUCUUUGUCGUUGCUAACCACAUUUCGUUGUACCAAAUUUUGUCCGGUAUUCGCACAGGGGAACUGUAAGUUCCAUGCGAAACAAAGAUUUGAAGAAGAGAAAAAUGGCAAAACACCGUUUCUCGGAUCUCAUGGUGUUGCGCAUUUCGUGGUUUUUGAUACACAGUCAUUCCUCAUCUUGCUCUGAUUACUUUUGUUCCCUUUGUUUUUGUCUCGAAACCUUUUAUUCUGCUCGCAUUCAGUGGCGAUCUCCGGAAGAGUACCAUUACGACCCGCAAACGGAGAAGGUUGACGUCUAUUCAUUUGGAAAUGUUUUGUACAGCGUUCUGACUGGCAAAUACCCAUUCCAAGACAAAGAAGAGAAGGAGGCACGGAAGCUGAUCAAAAAAGGGAACAGACCGAUCAUUUCGAGCUCUGUUCGGAACUCCACCGAUCCUUUUGAUCAGGCUAUGAUAACAGCCAUUGAAAUGUGCUGGAUCCAAGACCCUUCAGAACGAGCAUCGGCAAGACAGGUUCAACAAUUUUUUUUGUCUGAGCUGAGGAGGCUUGGGGUACGCGAAAAUCGCUGAAAAUACUAUUUUUUCCCUAAGGAUUUUUCAUCUAGAGUCUAGAGUCUACUUUUCGCACGAAUCUAGAAUUCCUCCUUUUUGUUCCUGCUGGAUUUAUUUUUUAUAUUGAUAAAGCUGGAAAAUAGAUAUUAGCGGCCGUUUUAUCAAAGCACUGAAUAAACUUCAACCACGCAAUAAGGUGUUUAUGGURGAGUUCCUACUACCAACGACGAGACAACACAAUCCUGCAAUGCGACACCCGACGAGUCGAAAAUGAUGAACCGGUCGUCGUCGUCUUUUCGAUGCAAAUCCUCGUUUUGAAUUAAAUCACCGAGAGGAACCAAUGAUUCUUUUGAGACCAGACCAUUUGCGACCGCGUGUUGAAACUCUCCUCUUUCAAUCGAUUGCGCACAUUUGUCCGCAACCAAUAAAUCGGCCUUAGCAACCAAGGCAGGACUGAGCUCGUGCUUUCCUGGAGCAUCCGACCCUAUGCAGAUAAUUGUGAGACCGCUAUUUCGUGUCGACAAAUUUGAUUUCCCAAUAAUGGGUUCACGAGAAGGGGUUGUUGUAAUGAUGAGGUCAACAUCUUCGAGCAGGCGGUCGGGAGAGGUUGCUGCACUAAUAUUCCAUCCCUUUGCCGUCAUUUCUGAUAUCAGGAUAUCUACAUUGGUAGGCGUUCGACCCCAGACCAAAACAUUUCUGCAUUCUGUUACAGCAGAAAGCAUGUCUAAUUGAUAUCUUGCCUGCACUCCACUUCCAAUAACACCAAUCGCUUCGAUCUUCGGGGCUAGCAACUUGGCGGCCAAUGCACCCACUGCAGCGGUUCUUAACUCUGUCAAGAUGCCUUCAUCUAACAAAAGGGCCUCGAGCUU